AUGUCCAUCACAACCUGUCAGAAAGUGACUCUGAUAUCGUGCUCGGUCCUGUGUGUCUCUCUCUUCCUCCCCAGGAUGUUGUUACCCAGAGCCAAAAAGGAGAUGGGACAGCCGCAGGUCGGCCCCGGGUUUUACCCCCCUGCGAUGCAUGAGGUCUCAUUGUCCGAAGACCCGAAUCAGUGGGGUGUGGACACGUUCCAAUCCUUGACACGUGGUGCUGAGGCCACUGCCAAAGUCAGAAGCAUCGGACGCGGCAAAAAAUACAACCUGAUGGCUCAAGUCAUACCCAUAUAUGGAUUUGGCAUUCUUCUAUACAUCCUCUACAUAAUGUACAAGUUGACUUGCAGGGACAAGAAGGUGAAAUCAGGAAAACAUAGUGCAACUAAGAGCAUGGAGAGGAAUAUGAGAACUGACGAUGAACUUGUCAGACUACAGGAGCGACUACUUCAGUCAGAAAGGCUCAUGGAGAGGAUCGUCUCAGGAAAUACUCGUGCAUCUGGGAGUGGAAGACGCAGGAAAAGUAAGUCGACUCCGACAAAGAAGGAAGAAAAACUCCUCAGGCAGUUGAGACAGAUCUCGCAGCUGAUGCAAGAGGGCCGCGUGGAAGGGGCCUCCCCAGAGAUGGAAGCCGAGGAAGUACCUUACAGUGUUGACUGGGAAGGCUACCCAGAGGAGACAUACCCAGAGUACGAAGUGCCCGAUUACAAGUCAAAAUUUGAGCGUGUAGCCCCGGAGGAGCCCAUCAACCAACCAACAGCAGAAGCCCUGGCAGAGCGAAUGGAGCAAGAGGAGGAAGAUGUUGUAGCGAGGAAACUGUCCGUGGUACAAGAGGAGGAUGAAGAUGAGGAGGAAGAAGACGAGGAGGAAGAAGAUGAGAACGUGGAUAGUGAGGAAGAUGAGAAUGUGGAGGAUGAGGAGGAAGUUAUAGAAGAGGAAGAUGAGGAGAUUGCAGAAGAGGAAGAGGAGGAAGCAGAAGCAGAGAAAAUACUUUUGCUGGCUCCAGCUGGAUCCCAAGAUGCUACAUAUACAACAUGUGAGCGAUUAGGUCUGCAAGUUCUCAAUGAACUACAAGGGCAACGGGAAGGGGGGAAGCAUAUUACUUUUAAUGACCACAGAGAUAUAUUCCACUACCCAAAAGAGGAUACAUAUAGUGAGGAAGUGGAGAAGGAAGAAGAUGAUGAGAAGGAGGAGGAUGCUGACGAUGAUGACGGGACAGAGGUGGAAGAAGUAGAGGAGGAAGCUGAUGAGGACGAUCCAGUGACAGAGGCGGAGAGACUUCAGUUUAACAGUGGAGAAUGUCCCAACCCUGAGGAGGAGGCAGAGCAGGAAGAAGCAGAGUAUUUGUCAAUGUUAGCAUACACGGAAAGUGACAGUGAACUUCAAAUAGACAUUCCUAAAGAAGUCAGUGGACUGAGGAUGAGAAACAGGAGAGAGACGUAA